AUCUUUCUGAAAACAGCAAUCCAGUGGAUGGAAUUUCUGAAGACUCUACAAUCAGGAACCUGUGCUGUAUUAGACUGAAGAUUAAAAGUUUGAAGACUGCCAUGGAGUCCUCCAGAAGAAGGAUCUGGAAUCAGGAGCCCAUAAGAAGGAUGUCCACCUACCCAACUAUUGAUGAUUUAAGCAGUGUCGAUACCAAGGAUGUUUCUGAACCAAACUUAACAAACUUAACUACUGCUUCUCAGCAAUCCAGGAAAAAUUUAGAAGCAAAAUAUGCUACUGUGAGAACAGGUAAGGGAAACGUGUUUGAGGACAAGAUUUCUGAUCAUCCAAAGGAAGAUGUGUUUGAAUGCUUUCCCACAACAUCAGGCAAAGUCCAGGGCUUUUUAAAUCCUUCCUUUCCACCACCUGAGCCUCAGCGCAAACCUUCCUCCGGGUCAUUGGAAAACUGUGGUCUUACAAAGUCCUCCACCCUCCACUUGACCAGCACCCAGUGA